AUGGAGGCGUUCGGAGGGUUUGCGGAAGCUCAAGUCUUAAGCCCAGAGCAGGCUGCCAGUUACCUGAGAUACGUGAAGGAAGCCAAAGAAGCAACUAAGAAUGGAUAUUUGGAAGAAGCACUUAAACUUUUCAAUUUGGCAAAAAACAUUUUUCCCAAUGAAAAGGUGAUGAGCAGAAUCCAAAAAAUACAGGAAGCCUUGGCGGAAUUGGCAGAAAAUGGGGAUGAUGAAUUCACAGAUGUGUGCAACUCUGGCUUGCUGCUUUAUCGAGAAUUGCACAACCAAUUAUUUGAGCACCAGAAGGAAGGUGUAGCUUUCCUCUACAGCCUAUAUAAGGAUGGAAGAAAAGGUGGUAUCUUGGCAGAUGACAUGGGAUUAGGGAAGACUGUUCAAAUCAUCGCUUUCCUUUCUGGUAUGUUUGAUGCUUUGCUUGUGAAACACGUGCUACUGAUCAUGCCAACCAAUCUUAUAAGCACGUGGGUAAAAGAAUUUGUCAAGUGGACUCCAGGGAUGAGAGUCAAAGCUUUUCAUGGUCCUAGUAAGGAUGAACGGACCAGAAACCUCAGUCGGAUACAGCAAAGGAGUGGUGUCAUUAUUACUACCUACCAAAUGUUAAUCAAUAAUUGGCAGCAACUAUCAAGCUUGAAUGGCCAAGAGUUUGUGUGGGACUAUGUCAUUCUUGAUGAAGCACAUAAAAUAAAAACCUCAUCCACUAAGUCAGCAAUAUGUGCUCGUGCUAUUCCUGCCAGUAAUCGAAUCCUCCUCACAGGAACCCCAGUCCAGAAUAAUUUACAAGAACUAUGGUCCCUGUUUGAUUUUGCUUGUCAAGGGUCUCUGCUGGGAACAUUAAAAACUUUUAGGAUGGAGUAUGAAAAUCCUAUUACUAGAGCAAGAGAGAAGGAUGCUACUCCAGGGGAAAAAGCCUUGGGAUUUAAGAUAUCUGAAAACUUAAUGGCAAUCAUAAAACCAUAUUUUCUCAGGAGAACUAAAGAAGAGGUACAGAAGAAAAAGUUAAGCAACUCAGAGGUCAGACUUAGUGAAAAUAAUCCAGAUGUUGAUGCCACUUGUGAAAUGCUGUCCCUUUCCAGGAAAAAUGAUUUAAUUAUUUGGAUACGUCUUGUACCUUUACAAGAAGAAAUAUACAGGAAAUUUGUGUCUCUAGAUCAUAUCAAGGAGUUGUUAAUGGAGACACGCUCACCUCUGGCUGAACUAGGUGUCUUAAAGAAGCUGUGUGAUCACCCUAGGCUGCUGUCUGCACGGGCUUGUCGUUUGCUGAAUCUAGGGGCCAUCACUUUUUCUGUUCAAGAUGAAAAUGAAGAUGAUUCCUCAGAUGGGGGCCAUAUUGAUCAAUUAACUGAUGAUACAUUGAUGAAAGAAUCUGGAAAGAUGAUAUUUCUAAUGGACCUGCUUAAGAGACUGAGAGAUGAAGGGCACCAAACACUGGUAUUUUCCCAAUCAAGACAAAUUCUAAACAUCAUAGAACGCCUCUUAAUGAAUAGGUGCUUUAAAAUAUUGAGAAUUGAUGGAACAGUUACUCAUCUUACAGAGCGAGAAAAAAGGAUUAACUUAUUCCAGCAAAAUAAAGAUUACUCUGUUUUUCUCCUUACCACUCAAGUAGGUGGUGUUGGUUUAACAUUAACUGCAGCAACUAGAGUGGUCAUUUUUGACCCUAGCUGGAAUCCUGCAACUGACGCUCAAGCUGUGGAUCGAGUUUACCGGAUUGGGCAAAAAGAAAAUGUUGUGGUUUAUAGACUGAUCACUUGUGGGACUGUAGAGGAAAAAAUAUACAGAAGGCAGGUUUUCAAAGACUCAUUAAUAAGACAAAGUACUGGUGAUAAGAAGAACCCUUUCCGGUAUUUUAGUAAACAAGAACUAAGAGAGCUCUUUACUAUUGAGGAUUUUCAGAACUCUGCAACUCAGCUGCAGCUUCAGUCUUUACAUGCUGCUCAAAGGAGAUCCGAUAAAAAACUGGAUGAACAUAUCGCCUACUUGCAUUCUUUAGGGAUAGCUGGAAUCUCGGACCAUGAUUUGAUGUACACACGUGAUCUCUCUGUUAAAGAAGAGCUUGAUGUAGUGGAAGACUCGUACUACAUUCAACAGAGGGUUCAGAAAGCACAAUUUCUUGUUGAAUCAGAGUCUCAAAAUACAGAGCUCCUAAUGGAAAGACAGAGAACUGUAAAUGAAAGAACCUGGCCAAGAGAACCUGUGUUCCCUUCUCAAAUAAAGAAGAAACACCCUCAGUUGAAUAAACCACAGCCUCAGCUUUCACCUCUUAUGACUACUCAUAAUUCUCCAGAAGAAAUCAGUCUCCAAAUGGCAAGUGUAAUCAUUGAUGAUCAGUUGGAAGAGAGUGAGAGGCAAGAUCUCUCCAGUAAGAUGGAUCAUACCCUCCAGCACCUAUGCAAAAGUACAGUUGAUGCUGACAUUGUGGCAACUUUACCCAAGGAGUACAGAAGUGUGGAAGAAAUUUGUGUUGACUCUUCAUUGGGAAUGGCAAAAGGUUUUGCAAAUGAAAGUGAAGCACUACAAAAAGAGGAAUUGAGAGAAGGCCCUACACAGAAGGCACUGCUAGAGAGCUCUCUGGAAAGUUUUAAUUAUUUACUUAGCAAAUCAGUCAGAGCUGAUCUUGGGCCAAAUCUAGUUCAACUAGAGGAUGAUGAGAUUUUAUAUCACUCCAAUCCCUGGCCCAUUGAUCCCAUAAAUGAAAGUCAAAAUAUAGACCAGAAUGCAGCUGUUACUAAAAUAACUGAUGAUAACUUAUCAGCAUCCCACAGUACACUGCAGGAUGCUCAAGUAAAUGAGGCCAAGUUGGAAGAGGAACCUUUAGUAUCUUCACAGUAUGCAUGUGAUUUCAAUCUUUUCUUGGAAGACUCUGCAGACAAUAGACAAAAUCUUUCCAGUCAGUCUUUGGAACAUGUUGUGAAAGAAAAUAGUGUGUAUGACUCCACAGCUAAUUCUAGAGCAGAGUUUGAGCAGAGCCAAGCAUGUCUCAGUAUGGGUAUUUCUGAGAAUGAUGAUGAGUCAGAAGUAGUGUUGAAUGUGAAAGUCAGAAGUAAAGUCAGAAGGAUCACUUCAGAUGGCGAAGAUGAAGAUGAUACUUUUAAAGGAACUUCAACAUUCAGCACAUCUCCCUUUGAAUUCUCAUCUGAAAGAGGAUUUGAUGCUUCAACUCCCAGAGAUGACAUCAGUUUACCUGGAAGGUUCUUUUCGCCUAAAAUACCUGAUAAUAUAAAUAAGUCAGUAAACUCUAGAAGAUCCCUGUCUUCAAGGAGGUCUCUUAUUAAUGUGGUUUUAGACCAUGUGGAGGAUAUGGAAGAAAAAAUUGUUAACAGUGAGGGAGAGGUUGCUGAAGAUUAUUUGGAGGGAGGCGCAGAGGAAAGUAGUGGCGAUGCCUCAGAUUGCACAGAAGAGGUUCCUUCCAGAGAAGAGGCUCCUUCCAGAGGAAUGCUGUCUGCAGAAAGUGAGUCCAACUGGUUAAUGACACCUAAGUGUGGUGCUCUAGUUCAAGAGACCACUCUUGGUGACCCUGAGGCUUUGUCUGAUGGACAGUUGGUUGAUUCUCCCCAGGAUAAGUCAGUGGAGACUGCAGAUGACUAUGAGACUCUUGUAACGCGUGGAAAAGAACUGAAAGAGUGUGGAAAGAUACAGGAGGCCUUAGACUGCUUAGUUAAAGCACUUGACAUAAAAAGUGCAGAUCCUGAAGUCAUGCUUAUGACUUUAAGUUUGUAUAAGCAACUUAAUAAAACUUAAGACUAUAACUUGUUUAUUGUAUGUUAAAGCAAAAGUGACUGAGGUAAUUUGAUUCCUUAGUUGGGUUUUUUGAGUAUGGAACAUUCAGGUUUAAGAUGAGAUUUCAGA